AUGGCCAACUACCUCGACUACGACAUCUACGACAUCGAGCUCACGUCCGUGCACUCCAACACCGACCUCCGCAAGCUCUUCAUCGAGACCACCAGCAAGUCCAUCAUCGUCAUCGAGGACAUCGACUGCUCCCUCGACCUCACCGGGUCGCGCAAGAAGAAGGAGGCGGCGGAGGAGGACGACAAGAAGGACAAGAAGGACGGCGGCCCCUUCAGGCCCGGCGAGAAAAAGGACACCAGCAGCAAGGUGACGCUGUCGGGCCUGCUCAACUUCAUCGACGGGCUGUGGUCGGCGUGCGGCGGCGAGCGGAUCAUCGUGUUCACCACCAACCACGUCGAGAAGCUGGACCCGGCGCUCAUCCGGAGGGGCCGCAUGGACAAGCACAUCGAGAUGUCCUACUGCGGCUUCGAGGCCUUCAAGUUCCUGGCCAAGACGUACCUCGACGUGGACUCGCACCCGCUGUUCGACGCCGUCGGCGAGCUGCUCCGGAGGUGCAGAUGA